UGGGCAGCCGCGCACAUGCGCAGUCGCCCCGCUCCGCCCCCUCCUCCGCGGCGGCGGCGAGCGGGCGAUCCCGCGGGACCCCGCGCUCGCGAGGUCCGGCCGGACCAGGUUCGCGCUGCGCCUGCGCCCGGGCGGGAGGCGCCGUCGCCCCUUUGGCUCCUCGCUCGGCUUUUCCUCUCUCGCCUCUGCGGCGGCCGGGCCGGCGCUUGCGCAGGAGGAUCCUCGCGGAGAAGCCGAGCUGUGGGGAGGGGCCCAAGUGGGCGCUUGAAGGAGUCAAGGUCGAGGACCCCCUUGACCUCAUGGUCUCGAAGGGAAAAUGGUGGAAAAUUCACCGUCGCCAUUGCCAGAAAGAGCGAUUUAUGGCUUUGUUCUUUUCUUAAGCUCCCAGUUUUGCUUCAGAGGAAGAAAGUGGGAAGGCCUUGGAUGGGGCUUUGGACGCGGCUCCUGUGCUGCUGUGGCAGCUGGGGAGUGAAGGGAAUGCAUGAGGCGGGGUCUCACUCCAUCCCUGUAAGAUCCCGUUGCACAGUCCUGUACCUCGUGUGGGCUUUUGUUCCCGAGUCCUGGCUGAACGCCAUAAGCUUGACCUAUUGGCCUCAAAAGUACUGGGCAGUCGCACUGCCCGUCUACCUCCUCAUUACGAUACUAAUCGGGUAUGUCCUCUUAUUUGGAAUAAACAUGAUGAGCACCUCGCCACUCAACUCCAUUCAUACAGUCACAGAUAACUAUGCUAAAAACCAGCAGCAGAAGAAAUACCAGGAAGAGGCCAUCCCAGCAUUAAGAGAUAUUCCUAUUAGCGAAGUAAAUCAGAUGUUCUUUCUGACUGCCAAAGAGUCUUACACCAAAAACUGAGUUGUAUGUACACUACCAUCAAACAUAUAUUGCAAGUUUUGGCAUAAUAAUUUUGACCAUAAUUAUCUAUCUUAUUAAUACCCAGUAUUAAAAUAUUUUGAAAAACGUAA